AAUAUAAAUGAGUGGUGGUGUGGUAGCAGCCAUCAAAGUGUUGUAUUCAUCAGAGAUUUUUAGAGUGUGUGAACGAAAGAACCUGUUGAGCUGACAGGGAAACAUUUUGAUCCCAGAUUCCUCUUGAUCCCCUGAAUCACUGUAUCAGUUGUAUACAAUGGCUUUCAGGACUCCAGCUUGUAACACAAGUUCUGUAGAACACCUUGUGGAAGUUUGAAUUUCGCAUGUCCAAAGUUUCUCAGAAGUGCUGCAUAGAAGAAAUCUCAUCAAAUUUCAAUGUGCAUUUCACUAGCAGCAGUGAAUAUACUAAAGAAUAAAUAACACUGAUAUGUAUACGCGGUGAUCCUUAUUUUUUACUAGGCAGGAGGACAGCUGAAUGGAUCAGUGUUGAAUAGUUAACGAUUGAUUCAUCACCAGGCUUCAGAUCGUUCCGUAUGUGCGGGCAUUGCCUUUUAUCAUUGUAACCACAGCAGUUAGGCCUGCUCAAUAGUUCCUUUAAAGUUAGUAAGCUACAAUAGACUCUGCAGCGGCACUUUUCGAUCAGCUAAGAGUACGCAGCAUCUGUGCACACCGCAGUAACGCUGAACUGGACACACUGUGUUAUAAAAUGAGAUCACCUGUUACGUCCCCAGUGCACACUGCAACUGGCCUUUUGUAACUUGAUUCAGGCAUUCAAGUUGCUUUGAGCGGUGUCCUGUAAAACUCUGAGCCUCGUCUAUGCAAGUAUAGCGUCCGGGAGUGUGCGGUUGAAACACUUUGGACCAGGUCGACCCGGAUUGGCCCAGAGUGUAAUUGCGGACCACAAUCAGUCACGAUUGGCCUCCAGCAGAUCUCUUCAGUGCGCAAACGCACGGCGCGCCCGCUGGAAUGUGCAGCUGUACACGCGCGCGGCAUCCUGGAUCAGGCGGCUUAUACAUACAAGUAGAUACACUCACGUGGGUGCUGUGCCUGCAGCCUACAGGAAGCGCGCACUCUCCCUUUGGGUGGGUGAGACGAAAUAUGCGCGCGGAGCCAGCUGCCCAUUCGCUGAAGGACUUGGGAUGGGGUUGGCACAGAUAUGGGUGGUGACAGAUGUCCGGCACUUGCAAUAUGAUAUUAAGGGUGCAUCAAUUUUAAAUUAUGGCAGCUGAUUUUGAGCCACAAAGGACCACUCUGUUCCAAAGUGUUCAAGGAGGAGUGACGUACCGAAUCCCGUCUCUCAUUUACAUCAGUGACGCACAUUCUUUCCUUGCUUUUGCUGAGAAACGCUCAAGUCCCCGUGAUGCUGAUGCAGAAAACUUAGAAAUGAGAAUAGGCUCCACUUUCAGUGGAUCUGUACAGUGGCAGCCUGCAGUGAAAAUAAAAAAUGCCAGUUUACCUGGAUAUCGAACUAUGAACCCCUGUCCUGUCUAUGAGAAGAACACCAGAGUCCUUUACCUUUUCUUCAUUUGUGUUAAGGGUAACGUUUCCGAGUGCUAUCAGAUCUGCACUGGCUGUAACAAAACCAAGCUGUGCUACAUUUGUAGCAAAGAUUUUGGAACCAGCUGGAGUGAAGUCACCGAUUUGACAGAACACUUGAUUGGCAACUGGGCCACAUUUGCUGUUGGACCAGGGCAUGGAGUCCAGCUGAGCUGUGGACGGUUGGUCAUACCAGCUUAUGCAUAUGUGAAAAAAAUAUGUUCCUGUUUUUAUCGUCCAUGCUUUUGCAGCUCUCAUUCCUUUUCAUUGUUUAGUGACAACAACGGUCAGACAUGGAAUGUUGGGGAAAUGAUUAAUGAGCCAAAAACAGUAGAAUGUGAAAUGGCAGAAGUAUUUAGCUCAGAUGGUCAUAGCCAUUUGUAUUGCAAUGCCCGUAGUGAGUAUGGUUGCCGAGUGGAAGCCGUCAGUGAGAAUAACGGUACAAAUUUUGGGAAACCACAAAAGGCACAAUUGCUUGUUGAGCCAAGCAAAGGCUGUCAGGGGAGUGUUGUCAGCUUUCCAGCUCCAGCAGAAUCUUUACAAAGUGAAGGGAAAUCUACUGCUCCCCAACAAAGUUGGCUCUUGUACUCUCAUCCAACUAGCCGUGAAAAACGAGUCAACUUGGGAAUUUAUAUCAACAAAUCCCCCUUAUGCCCCUUGAAGUGGAGUAAGCCCUAUAUUAUUUAUAGGGGCCCCAGCGGCUAUUCUGACCUUAGUUACUGUGAUGACACCAAGAGCUUUGCCUGCCUGUUUGAGUGUGGUGUCCAUUCAGAGCUGGAGGAGAUUGCAUUUGUGCAAUUCACUCAGAAUGAAGUGAUAAAUGCCGGUAAAUGUUCCUAGAAAGCAACAAUACAAAUGAAAAUGUUUAAUAUUUGUUUAAAAGCAUAAAAACAGUUUCCAACAGCAAACCAAAGGAGAAACAUCCUGAGAACACAAAUCUGAGUGAGCAGCUCCACUCCAGUCCUAGCAAUAAAUCAUACUUGAGAAAUAUCCUACAAAACGUGAAGGUGCAAGUUAUUUAAGUACAUUCAAGUUCUCAGUUAUUCAUGGCUUAAAGGAUAAGCUGGAUAUUGAAGUUGAAGUUACUUCUUUACAAUCAUGGUACUGUAUAUAUUAAUUUGCCACUUAAAAUUGUCUUCUAGAGUGAAACAUUUUUUCAAUAAUGUAACAAACUCCUGUAUCCAACAGGGGGCGAUAGCUCCCUUGUUGGAAUGAGUUCUUUUGUAAUUGCAGCGUGUUACAUAACCCGAAUCUGUAUAGAUAUGAUAUUAA